AUGAGACCGCUAACAGAAGAAGAACAAACAGCAUUGUUUGCUAAGCUUGCAAACUACAUUGGUAAAAAUAUCGUUCAUUUGGUUGACCGCAGCGAUGAAGCCUAUUGUUUCCGGUUACACAAGGACCGUGUAUAUUAUGUUUCGGAAUCCUCGAUGAGAUUGGCUGCCACUGUGUCUCGAGAUCAUCUUGUUAGUCUGGGGACGUGUAUGGGGAAGUUCUCGAAGACCAGGAAGUUUAAGCUGCACAUCACAGCAUUGGACUACCUUGCCCAAUAUGCCAAGUACAAAGUCUGGGUUAAACCAAAUGGCGAAAUGCCCUUUCUGUACGGGAAUCACGUUUUGAAGGCUCACUUGGGUCGAAUAACGGAGGACACUCCCGAAAACCAAGGAGUGGUUGUGUUUAACAUGAAGGAUAUUCCCAUAGGCUUCGGUGUCACUGCACGUUCGACAAUUGACACCCGAAAACUGGAUCCUACUUCAAUAUUAGUGUACCAUCAAGCUGAUGCAGGUGAAUACCUCCGAGACGAAGAGACCCUGUUCUAG